GAGCAGACCGUACUCAGUACUGACACAAUUCGCACAAGGCACAACGCACAACGCAAACAUGGCGGACGCCCCCACUCCCUCGACCUCCUCCUCGUCGGCGUCGAAUGAGAAUGGAGCAUCGUCGUCCUCCUCCACAAUAACAUCCAUGACUGAGGGUCUGCAGCGUACCGUCAUAAAUUCCACUGACUCUGCUCUUCGCUCUGCCCGUUCUCUCCAUCAUAGCUCACAGGAUUUCCUAUCUCAUCUUGCUUCAAACUAUAAGACCUUUGAACAUGCUUUCUUCAACACAAUCAAAGAAGGGUUGAUGACUACGGCUGAACACCCUACUGCAACUGUUGGCGUUGGUGUGGCUGCUACAUUCCUCCUCCUGCGGGGACCUAGAAGGUUCUUGUUUCGUCAUACAUUGGGUCGACUGCAAAGUGAGGAGGCACAGUUUGUUAAAGCUGAGAAGAAUGUAAAGGAGUUGAGCACUUCAGUGGAUCUGAUGAAAAAGGAGAGUAGAAAACUCCUUGAAAGGGCAACUCUUGCUGAAAAAGACAUGAAAUAUGGUCAUACUGAGCUCAUGAAAGCUGGAAGUCAAAUUCAACAUCUCGCAAAAUCUGUUUACAAGGUUGAAGCUCAAGCUGUGGAUUUGAUGGAUAACCUGAGAGAAAUCCCUGGUAGGGAGGCUUUGAAACUUCGGGCAGAGGUAGCUUCUAUUGCAUCGCUUUUAAAAAGGCAGAGGGCUUUUCUGGACAAACGGAUAAUGAAAAUUUCUGAAUUAGGAGUUCCUGUAUGAUUUCAGUUAGCAUGAAGCGUUCUUUAUUGUAUGGUGCUUGGUCCUUCCGCAUGUGUACCAGUUUUGUCAACUAAAAGUAAAAUGUGGUGAAUUGCCUGUCUGGAAGGAAGGCAUGCGACUCACUAAAACACUUAAUCAAAGCAUAGACACAAGAACUCAAGUGUCUACUUUUGCAACAAUAUGGAUAUUGGCAUAUUAGCUUUUAUUUGAUGAAUAAUGAUUGAAUGCAAUGCUAUGUUACUUA